AUGUCAGGGACAACGCUCGGCCCGGAAACAACGUUCACCUCGACUUUCGUUGGGAUGCUCCUGUGUUUCCUAUUCUACGGCGGCACUUUCUCUCAGACGAUAUAUUACUUUCAUAAUUCCAACCACGACGGUGCCCCUUUAAGGGUUCUGGUGAUCUUUCUAUGGCUGAUGGACACAGUGAAAGACUUCCUUCAUGGCCAGUUGCUUUGGUAUUGGUUCAUAGCCAACCAUAGCAAUCCUUCUGCGCUCCUUCUACUUCCUAUUUCAUACACCGUUCACUUUAUAAUAACCGCUGCAACGGUGUUGGCGGUACAAUGUCUAUACAUCCGAAAUAUCUGGACUCUACUUAAGAAUAGACCAUUGCGUAAGCCGUUGACAACGAUUGGGGCUCUUUUGACAUUGUUGUCGUUCGUCUGUGGGCUCGUCACUGCCUACGACAUCCUUUCCAGUCCUACCGAUAUUGUCGCCAUCGAGCGAGUCAACGUGCCUGGUCGGAUACAAGGGUAUUCGGUUCUUGCCGUCGAUUUCUACAUAGCGGUCUGUCUAUGUUCCAUAUUUCAUGGCGCUAGGACGGGCUGUCAAGCGACGGAGUUCGUCAUCACGAAACUCAUCAUGUGGACGAUCAACCGAGCGAUAGCCCUCUUCGCCGUCCAACUAUUUGUCAUCGUUACUUACAAGCCAAAUGGGACACAAGCAAUGGAUGGUGUAUACUGUUUCUCUGGCACACUCACUGUAAACGUGGCGCUCGCGACACUCAACUCACGCCAAGUGCUCAAGGAGAUGCAGGAGGACUCAGAUAAUGCUCAGUCAUCGAGCCUUUUGAGCAGCUUCGUCGCUCGGAGACUAUCGUCUUUAUCAACUUGGUCUCGCGCACAUGAAGCUGCGAUAGAGAAUGAAGACUCAACUGAAGAAGCUAAUGAAAAGAACCGGAGACAGGAAAGCGUAGUCGAAAAUGACGAGAGCUCUUCAAGGCACUAA